AUUUCAAAAUUAUUUCUACCGUUCACUCUCUCUCAAGUCUCAACCCACAAUCUCUCUCUAAAAUCCACAAAAUAUCUCUCUCUCUAAAAUCCACAAAUUCUCUCUCUCUCUCUCUCUCUAAAAUCCACAAAAUCUCUCUCUCUCUCUCUCUCUCUCUCUCUCUCUCUCAAGUUCCGAUCCUUAACGCUGUACUUCGAUCUGCAAUGCGUGUUGACUCGCCCGAGUCGCCGAACUCAGACCCUCCCUUCCAAUUUCAUUUCGUUAAGCUGAUUUUUUCGAGUGAGGAGCUGGAUACUUAAUUAUUAUAUAGAUUAUAAUGAUUUGCGGAAGACGUUUUGAAGAUAAUUAUUGGAGAGUACAAUUUGGGUUUUGCAAGUUUGCAUUUCGAUUGGUCACUGAUGAAGAGUGAAAAGAUAGAAAGCUCUUCGCAGGGAGUCAGUGAUGGUCCUCAGAGAGCUAGACCUUCACAUGGGAGGACUAGUGGUCCUACCAGGCGGUCUACAAAGGGACAGUGGACUCCUGAAGAGGAUGAGAUUUUGCGGCAGGCUGUUCAACGUUUUAACGGAAAAAAUUGGAAAAAAAUAGCGGAAUGUUUCAAGGAGAGGACAGAUGUCCAGUGCUUACACAGGUGGCAGAAAGUUUUAAAUCCAGAGCUUGUUAAAGGCCCAUGGUCUAAAGAGGAGGAUGAUAUAAUAAUUCAAUUGGUGGAACAAAUUGGGCCAAAAAAAUGGUCUACCAUCGCUCAGCAUCUACCUGGACGUAUUGGUAAGCAAUGUCGGGAAAGGUGGCACAAUCAUCUAAAUCCUUCCAUUAACAAGGACGCAUGGACCCUAGAAGAAGAGAUGGCUUUGAUCCGUGCACAUCAAGUUUAUGGGAACAAGUGGGCAGAGUUGACAAAGUACUUGCCUGGAAGGACAGACAAUUCUAUAAAAAACCAUUGGAACAGUUCUGUUAAAAAGAAAUUAGACUCAUACCUAGCAUCAGGCUUACUUACACAGUUGCAAAGUGUUCCUCAAUCAUUGUCUUCUUCAUCACGGGUUCAGCAGUACAGUGGUGAUGACAGUAUACCAAGAGAUGGGAGAGAGGCUGAAGAAACUUCAGAAUGUAGUCAGGCAUCCACUGCCCUGGUUUGCUCUCAGUCUACAAAUGACAUGGUCAAUGCAACCGGAAGGGAGGACCCUUUAUUAAUAGAACAAUCUUGCCAUUGUGAGGAGACAGAGAUGCCUUGCGAAUUUGCUAGUUCAGGAAAUCUGCUUGUACAUAAUUAUCCAGAUGACUGGAUAACUUCUCCAGGAAAAGAUUGGCAGCUUGAUUCAAAUGGAUUGCCAAACAAAUCUCCGCAUUGCAAGCAAGAAUCAACAAGUUUACUGCACUGCGUAGCUGAAGAUGAAAACCAUGAGCAGGUACCUCCGUCAAUGCAGAGUUCACUGGCUAUAUGUUCUUCUGCUCCCACGGGAAACAUCAUAAAUGAAUGUGAUCAACCAAAACACAUGUUAGUAUCCGAAGAUUCCCAUCCAGAAGUGAGGAAUGAAGGUUCAUUUGCUCCUGGAUAUUCUGCCAAAUGUUCAAUGAUAACUAGUGCAGAUGGUUUCACUGAUUCCUUACUUUACCACUCAUCUGAUUAUCAGAUUCCUGAGAGUGCCCAUUUACCUUCAAACUCAUAUUGUUCAUUUACUGAAAUGAUGGUAAAUGAGUGCUGUCAGCCUUUCUCUGUUCCUACACAAUUCCCAGAUGAUGGUGGAAAUAUAUGCGGAAGUAAUCCUGAUCAAUUUAGUGGCCAUUCACUUCAAAAUCAAGAAGAGGAGCUGCUUAGAGCACCACAUGAUGGCUUUACCUACCCCAGUGGUACCAUUGAUUCUCAUUUUAAUGAAAGGAUAGAUAGUGCAGGACAGCAGGAUCAACCUGAUACACAAGGAGAUUGUUCAAACUCAACCCCAGAAGAAAUUUUUGCUCCAACAGAAUUUAAUAAUACUAUGAUCUGCCCUUCAUUGAAUGAAAAUCCAGCUGAACCAAGUGAGCAAGAUGAUGCUGGGGGUUUAUUUUAUGAACCGCCUCGUUUUCCAAGCCUUGAUAUUCCUUUCCUCAGCUGUGAUCUGAUUCAGAAUGGUGCUGACUUGCAGCAAGAGUACAGCCCCCUAGGUAUACGCCGGCUAAUGACGUCUUCUAUGAAUUCUUUUACCCCAUUAAAGAUGUGGGACUCACCAACUCGGGAUAACAGUCCAGAUGCUGUGCUAAAAAGUGCUGCCAAGAGUUUUACAUGUACACCAUCCAUAUUAAAGAAGCGACAUCGUGACUUGGUAUCACCUUUAUCUGAGAAGAGGUGUGAAAAGAAGCUCGAUAGUAACUUCUCCAACCUGGCUAAAGAUUUUUCUCGAUUGGACGUUCUAUCUGAUAAAAAUGGUACACAUGAAGCAAUCCCAGCAUCUCCAUCAACAAAUAUGACAACAUGCUCUAAUGCCUCUGACGAAAAUAAAGAGAAUGUAACUGAUGAUUCUGAAAUAAAGGAAAAGGAGGAAAAAGAAUGCACUGUGCAUUUAGAGAACAGACUUUCAAGUGAAGAGACUGGUACCAGUCCAGGUGACAAAAUUCAAGAAGAGAUUGUCAGUUAUGAUGCCAAAACUAAACAAACUGCAGCUUGUGGACAGACAGUGCAAGAGCCUUCUGGGGUUCUUGACGAGAAGAUGUAUGAUAUGCUGUCCUUUUCGCCUGAUCAAUUUGGAAACAAAUCGAACAGACUCCAGAGUUCAGGUGCUAGAACUCUUGGAAGUCAGUAUACCAGAAGGUUAGAAGCUGCCUCAAGUCAAGUUGCUGUUUCAGAAUCAUCUGGGAGUCCUUUACUAUCAAUUUUAAGCCCGAGUUCUGCUGUCAGAAAAAAAGGUGAUAGUCAUCCUGUUGCAACUUCAUCCAUACAGCCUGAUUCAUCAACUCCUUCAGAGAUUAUAUUUGCAAAUGCUCGGAAAUUUGACAGUUCUGAAAACUUUAGCAUAAUGGGUGAAACACCUUUCAAGAGAAGCAUCGAGUCCCCUUCAGCAUGGAAAUCUCCUUGGUUCAUGAACUCUUUUGUUCCGGGCCCAAGAAUUGAUACCGACAUAACAAUUGAGGACAUUGGAUUUUUUAUGAGUCCAGGGGAAAGGAGCUACGAUGCUAUCGGAUUAAUGAAACAAUUAAGCGAGCACACUGCAGCUACUUUUGCUGAUGCACAAGAGGUCUUAGGAGAGGAAACCCCUGAUUCAAUAUUAAAGAAAAGAUGCUCCAACAAAGAAAAAAUAGAUUCUACCUUAAAUAAUGUGACAGAGCGGCGGACAUUGGAUUUCAGUGAAUGUGAUACAACGCCUCGUAAAGGAGCAGAAAGUGGAAGAUUUUCGGCAGGACUGAGUUUCUCAAGUCCCUCUUCCUACCUGUUGAAAGGUUGCAGGUAGCUGAUUUUUUGGCUCUGAUGGCUCUGUGUUACUUUUAAGAUCUUAUAAAUCUGUAUAUGUACAACUUACAUCCUUCUGGCGAUUCAGCUUUUUUUUUUUCAUUGUCCAAUUAUUGUUAUGUAUGGAUUCAAAAUUCUGCUUUAGUAUUUAAUUUUGAUGAAUGAAAAUUGUUCUCUUAUGUA